UCUCUCGCGCUCCUGUUUCCUGCGUGUCCUUGUAACAACCGAAGGAUGAAAACAGACGCGCCGGGGAAAUCUGCUCCAAACAGGCACAACUGUCGUGUGAAAACGCACAGGCUCUACAGUCCGUAGCCGUCUCCUCCUCCUCCUCCUCCUCCUCCUCCUCCUCUGCUUCUUUUCGGUGGCUGGGCUUUUUUUAUUUUUCCCCUCCCUCCCUCCCUUCCUUUCUUCCAUCCAAAAAGCGCAACUCCUCUCCUCCGCCUUUUCCCUCUUUUCGUCUGAUUCGUUUCUUUAUUUUUUUCCCCCCCGUACAACCAUCCACCCGACAACAAGUCCCCCUUCCCCCGCCGCCUCCACCGCCGUCGCCGCUCUCCAGGCCGCGGGAAAUCACAAAAGAAAGCUUCGCAAGUCGGGUUGGUUUGCGGACUUGAAAAGCCCGGGCAGAAGGGACCGAGCGAGCGCGGAGAGGCCGAGAGAGAGAGAGAGAGAAAGCGGAGAAAGACGGCCGCCUUCGCUCGAAUCCAACGAGCCGCCCAGAGACACUUUUUGAGAGCUGAGGCGAGAGAGAGAGAGAGAGAGAGAGAGAGAGAAAGACGGAGAGAUUAUAAUCCCCUGAUGAAAUAGAAAGAAAAAAGAGAAAGAGAGAGAGGAGGAGGAGGAGAAGAAGAAGAAACGAAAGUUAAAAGGAGCGGGAAGAAGAAAAAAAAGAGAGAAGAGCACCUUGUGGGAGGAAUGGUUGCCGCAGCGGGACAGGCUCUCCACACCCGCCGCCUUCGCUCUUGCUGAGGAGGGGAUUUAAGUUGAGAGCUACAUGACCGCGCCGAGCGGGGACUCACCAGCACCAUGCGAGCACAAAUCGAAGUGAUACCAUGCAAAAUUUGUGGCGACAAGUCCUCUGGAAUACACUAUGGGGUCAUCACCUGUGAAGGCUGCAAGGGAUUCUUCAGGAGGAGUCAGCAAAACAAUGCCUCAUAUUCCUGCCCAAGGCAGAGAAACUGUUUAAUUGACAGAACCAACAGAAAUCGCUGCCAACACUGCCGACUGCAGAAGUGUCUUGCCCUGGGAAUGUCUCGAGAUGCUGUAAAGUUUGGAAGAAUGUCCAAGAAGCAGAGGGACAGUCUCUAUGCUGAGGUACAGAAACAUCAGCAGCGGCUGCAGGAGCAGCGCCAGCAACAGAGCGGCGAGGCUGAAGCCUUGGCCCGAGUCUACAGCAGUAGCAUCAGCAAUGGCUUAAGCAACCUGAACAAUGAAACGGAUGGCACUUAUUCAAAUGGGCAUGUCAUUGACCUGCCGAAGUCAGAGGGUUAUUACAGUGUGGAUUCUGCUCAGCCCUCCCCAGAUCAGUCUGGCUUAGACAUGACCGGAAUCAAACAGAUCAAGCAAGAACCUAUUUAUGACCUCACUUCUGUACCAAACUUGUUUACCUAUAGCUUUUGCAACAACGGACAAUUAGCUCCAGGGAUAACCAUGGCAGAAAUAGAUCGAAUUGCACAGAAUAUAAUUAAGUCCCAUUUGGAGACGUGUCAGUAUACAAUGGAGGAACUACACCAGCUAGCCUGGCAAACCCACACAUAUGAAGAAAUCAAAAUAUACCAGAGCAAGUCAAGAGAAGCAUUAUGGCAGCAGUGCGCAAUCCAGAUCACACAUGCGAUUCAGUAUGUGGUGGAAUUUGCAAAACGGAUAACGGGCUUCAUGGAACUCUGUCAGAAUGAUCAGAUUCUACUUCUCAAAUCAGGCUGCUUGGAAGUUGUUCUAGUGAGAAUGUGUCGUGCCUUCAACCCACUCAACAACACCGUCUUGUUUGAAGGAAAAUAUGGAGGAAUGCAAAUGUUCAAGGCUUUGGGUUCUGAUGACCUUGUGAAUGAAGCAUUUGACUUUGCAAAGAACUUGUGUUCAUUGCAGCUGACUGAGGAAGAAAUUGCCUUGUUUUCAUCUGCUGUUCUGAUAUCACCAGAUCGAGCUUGGCUCUUAGAACCAAGGAAGGUCCAGAAACUUCAGGAAAAGAUUUAUUUUGCACUUCAACAUGUGAUUCAGAAGAAUCAUCUUGAUGAUGAGACUUUGGCAAAGUUAGUAGCCAAGACACCAACCAUUACUGCACUUUGCAACCUGCAUGGAGAAAAACUGCAGGUAUUUAAACAAUCUCAUCCUGAUAUAGUGAACACACUUUUUCCUCCGUUAUACAAGGAACUGUUCAAUCCAGAUUCUACCACUGGUUGCAAGUGAAGGGAAAGUGAAAGCUCCUGGAAUGCAUCGCUGAUCAGACAAAAGAAUUGUUGUCAUGAAGACUUUUUUUAAAACUUGUCACUACUGCAAACCUAGGAAUGUCCUGCACUUAAUAGAAUUAUUUUUCACCGCUACAGUUUGAAGAAUGUAAAUAUGCACUCCUGACUGGAGCCUCUUUGGUUUCUCUUUUUUUUGUUAAUUUUUUUUCCUUUUUAAAUUUUUAACUGACCAGAAAAUUGCAAGUAUAGAAUACUGGGUGUGAUCUUUAUUGUUUAUUUUUAUUUUAUUGGGGCUAUGUUCUGGGAGACCACUGUUUAUAGAUGUUUAUUGUAGAUAUAAAAGAAAGCAGAGGAGUAAUUUGCAACAUUACUCUGUUUAGUCAAAUAUAAUUUAAGGAAAAUUCACUAAACUAGGCUUACCUAUUUCUAUGUUUUAGCUAGUUAAAUGCAUGUGGCAAUUUGUAACUGUCUUGGAAACAGGUGUGUAUGUGUAUGCAAAAAGUCAUGGACUUUCCCUUUGUGUGUGCGGCAUCAAUGCAUUGAGGGCUUCAUACAGACUUAAAAGGCCCCGCUUUCCCUGAAUUCUUGGCACAAGAGUGGACAAAGCACAUUUCAAAGCAGUAGAGUGAGUAUUUCAUGUCUUGCUCUAUCGCUUUUUCCCUACUCAGUAUACAAAGAUGGUUGGGGAUUGUCCAUUACCCUAUGUGUUAACCUGGGGAGGAGGGGCAAUAAGGAAAAAUCUGGAAUAUUGAAGUCCCAUAUGUAUUCUCUGACACAUGGGGAAACUUCAUAUCCUGUUUGUCUAUGAGCAGUAUAUAUCAGGGACAGCCAACGUUCAUACUUUUCAACCUGUUCUAUCCUUUAGACCAUGUUUAGAACCAGGAAAAUAUUUUUACACACCAUUCGAUCACCUCUCCACUAUAAAUUCUAAUAAAACUGAAUCAUCCAGGGCAGUGUUUCCCAACAUUGGCCAUUUCUAGGUAUGUGGACUUCAACUCCCAGAAUUCCCCUGCCAGCAUGGCCAUUGAUAAGAAUUCUGGCAGUUGAAGUCCAUACCUCUGGAAAUGGCCAAGGUUGAGCAACACUAAUCUAGGGGGUUAUUUAUAAAAUAAAAUUUUAAAAAAGGAGAUGCAAUAUGAAAUCUCUCAUACACAGAGGGGCACCACCUAAACUUCAGUUGAACAACCAUUUUUCCCCCUCUUUGAAUAAAAUUGCAGGCAAUAUUUUAAUCAAGAUUUAAUUCACAUUUGACCAUACCACUAAAGAGAGGUAUUGCUUUAUGAGUCAACUGUUAGCCAUCCCUGAAAUGUACCAAAUACUAUACACUUAUAUACAUACAUAUAUAUAUAUAUAUAUAUAUAUAAGGAAUGUACACACACACACACACAUGCACACUUGUAGCAUAAAAUAAGAUCCCUAUUUUUAAGGACGUUCUCCUGUAUUUUUAAAUUUCUCUUUGUAAUGUGUUAGGUUUAUGUUGGGCAAGUAGAUUUUGCUCUGCCAUCCAUAUAUAAUGACAAGAUGGUAACGUUUCUGAUCAAUUUGUAUAUAAUGUUUAUGCGUACUCAGCCAGUGAAUGAAAAGUCAGAGUUGUGUAAUUGGUGCCAAAGCCUUGUCUGGAUAAUUCAAAUGGACAGAGAGAAAAUUAACGGGAGAUUUUUCUUUUCAUCAGUGAUAGAGCUGAAAUCUAUACUAACCAUACUAUUAUCAAAUAUAUUACCAAUCAAGUAUUCAAAUUGCAGAGUACAACAUACAGCAUCCCAAACAGUACAUUUGUUUUGUGCAGACCAGAUAAUUUAUUUUGUUAAUCUUUCCUGAAACAGGAACAAUUAGAGAUUUAGUUUGCUCUGUUAUCCUUCAAGGGCCAUUAGAGCAAGUCCAGUAAGAAAUAGCUUUGAAGAAUGAAGUAAAAGUCACAAGGCCAUCCAGUCACCAGCUAGGAUCUUUUGUGAGAGUGCAAAUUUCUCAUAUGUAUCACCAUUAUAUCACUAUACUGCAACCUUUGGAUCAAUAUCUUUUUCAUUGGUUCAUUUCACAUCCAGAGCUCUAGUUGAUUAGUGUCUAAUGUGCAAUAAAGUUGAAGCUCAGCCUUUAGGUCUUUUCCCCCCUACAAAUGAGUCUUGGUUAAUAGGAAAAUGAUUGUUCUACAAAAUUUUACUCCUUAGUUCCAGAAGACUUUCUAUUAAAAUGUUCUUCCAUCUCCCAAGAAUUUUAAAGGGGAAUUUAUAAACAGGCACAAUAAAAUUGUCUUCUCCCUACCAUCACUCUCUUUCUCUUGGGUUCUUCAAACCUAUACUUUUGAAUGACUCCUUUAGGAUUCAGAUUCACGCUUCAGAAGUUUUCAUGUACAGUUAUUAAAGGUCUUACAAAGACACAAGUCCUCCCAUCCUUCAUAAUUGGGCCUUCAUUAUUGCACUUGUCUUAACUUCUUAAAAAUUGAGAGAACUAUAGAAUACUUCCAUUAUUUUGCAUUCCACCUGCAUUCAGAAGUCUGCCACCCUACAAAGUUAUUCUUUUGAGCUUCUGACAUUAACGUUCUCUACGGAUUACAAUGUUCAACGCUAUUCUUUUAAAAUUGCUUUAUACACCCAGCGUUCUGCACUCCAGGUUUUCCUUUAGAAAUAUAUAGCAGAGCUGUGGUACAAAUAGUGUUUUGUGAAAGGUAUUCAACAUCUUUACCUCUGAUUUUCUGAACCAGAAAUACAUUAUCUUACAGUCCUCUUGAAGCUAUCCUUCCCAAAAGUGUUAAAUUAAUCCAUUGAGCUCUGAACAAUGUAGUGAGAAAUCUAAAGAAGAUGAAACUUGGAGGUACAUAAGCAGACUCCCACUCAUAUAAUACAGCUUCUCUCUCUCUUAUACAAUCCCUCAGAAUUUGCUAGUUAGUCCCUAAAUCAUCCAUUACAGGUUUUGAAAGUGCUCUAAACAUCAGUGGGGAUUGAAAAUUACAUCUUUGUUUCUGCUAACAGAAGCUUUUUUGCUAGAAGGGAUUAAUUAGCUACUACUCCUAAUUUAGGUGCCUGUCAUCCAUUACAAAAGGAUGACAUGAAGAACAACAUACUAUUUCCUUCUCCCUCCCUCCGUCCCUCCCUUUCUCUCUCUCUCUCUCUCCCUCUCUCCCUCUCUCUCUCUCUCUCUCUCACUCACUCACACACACACACACACACACACACACACACACAAAUAUCACUACCAUAAUAAAUUUCCAACUGUUUAAUUCUGACACCUGUUGCUUUUUCUUAUAAGUCCCCAGUGCUUUUUAGAGCUAGGCAGAAAGUGCACCUUAGCCACUGCCACAAUAUUGCCAUUCUUACCAAAAAAAAAAAAAACCCAAAAAAACCCCAUGUGACGUGCAACUAAAUUUAAAAAAAAAAACUUUCUUGGGUCAGUGUGUGCUACAUCCUGUUUUGUUUUGUUUUAAACUCUACUGAUUUUCCUCUUCAAGGAAUGGGAUUGACGAGAGACACUGUCCCAGUAAAUUAUGUCCUUUUUUUCUUCAGUUGAUUUUUCUGUUCUGGAACCAAGACAGCAAUAACACUUUAUAUUGUAUUCUGAUAAUGUACAAGCACUGAGCCACUUUAUUCUCAGUGUCUGAGCAGACAGAUGUAGACUGCUUGUUACACUUCUACAGGGACUUAAUUUUGUAUAAAUGUCACUCCUGCUGGCUCUCUGUAUAAAGAAUUAAUUCCAAGAGUCAUAUUUCCUUCUAAUGGAAAGAUUACUUUACCAAUUGCUGGAAAACAGGGUAAUAGAAGACACUCAAUUAAACCAGGCUGUUUCCAAAUGCAAUAUAUAUUUGAUGAUUGGUUUGCAUUAGGGAGCUUGUAGGACUUGAGGCUGGGAGGUCUUGAGCUCUUCCAACUCUCAUUUAACACAAUCUUCUUGAUUUCCUUCUUUUUACUCCAUCUUGAUUCUAUAUUGUGGAAACAUUGGGCAGCUUCCUUUAAAUUUGUUGUAUUCUGAGAGCUACGUAUACACAAAUAGCUGGUCAAGUUAAUCGUUCCUUUAAUUCCAUUUCUCUGCACUCUGCCAAUAUUUAGAAGCAAAGGAAGGAAGGAAGGAAGGAAGGAAGGAAGGAAGGAAGGAAGGAAGGAAGGAAGGAAGGAAGGAAGGAAGGAAUUGAUUUUUUUUUAAUUAGUAAAAUUGGUUAAUUGGUAAAAGUGGAGAAUGCCUGGGGCCCAGAUCAAGUAUAGGGUCCAUUAAAUGUUUGCCUUCUUCAGCAAGUCUUCAUGGAGAAUCAGACAGAUUCUCCAUUUUGAAAUAACAGGAGAAGCCUAUGUACACCAUGGAACAAAUAUGGAACUGUAGAUUGGGGUGCAGUUAUUGUCCCGACACGGCAAUAUGGGAGCAGUAGUAAAAUGCAUAUGGACUUGAAACGUUGAAACCUGAGACUUUCUAGACACUUAAUUGUAUGUAUGACUGUGAUGACCCAGCCAUUUUGCCUCAUUUCUAUAAGCUUAUCAAUACACAUGAUGUACCACAAACACUCUAACACCAUCCUCUUCUUUCUUGUGAAACCUUCACUCUUUGUAAUUGACAAUCACUGCUUAAAGCAGAUGUUGCACUGUAUGCCACUCAGGGAUAUUAUUACCUUAUUAAAAAAAUAAUAUAUAAUGACAUUAAUAUGAAAGAGAAAAAACUAUUAGAAAUGUGUGGAAAGGCGCAAAUUGAGAUGCCAAAAUGUGGAAAACCCAGACAAGGCUUUCAAGCCAGCUUUAGAAAUGAAUGGUUAGAAACUGAAUUCACUGUUGUUAUUCUUGAGCAUCCUUCACCACUGGUUGUAUAUUUUUCUUUGGAGCACAAAAAUUCUAAACUUAAAGUAUAUUCUUUGGAAUCAAAUUGUGGUGCAUAUAGGCAAAAAUUUCAAACCAUUUGGCAAAAAAAUAUUGAUUUGAAAGAUGGAGAAAGAUGGAUUUAUUGCACUGCUAUUGUAUAUGCACUUACUUGAACAUACAUCAUCUAUAAAACAGUGAGAUGUGGGAUUUAAUCUAGAUCAGGGGUCUCCAACCUUGACAACUUUAAGACUUGUGGACUUCAACUCCCAGAGUCUUAAAGUUGCCAAGGUUGGAGACCCCGAUCUAGAUCAAUGAGUUAGAAUCAAUGUUUUGGACUCUGAACAUUUCAAUGUAUUAACAGUUAAUCGCCAUAGUUUUGCUGAUUUACCACGUGGAGAAAUAUGUAGGAUAAUGCUGGAAAAAGUGGGGACAGGAGGUAUCCAUAGUUCCUUCUUAUUUUAAAAGAUCCCUAACAUGGAUCAUGUUGGCGAUCCAAAAUUUUCCAUGAUCUUAAAAAACAGUUAUAGCCAGCACACAAAAUUACUUUUAAUAUCAAAUAUAUUCUGGGCUAACUACAGUAAUAUGAAUUAUUGGCAUAUUUUUGGCACAAUUUAUAUAUAUAGGGAGGGGUGGGGAAUGUUCCAACACUAAACACCCAAUAGGAUCAUCAAGAAAAAAUUGAAAAACUGUUGCCAUAGCCAUAAGGACUACUGUAAAAGCCAGUAAGUGUUGAUAAUGCUGGGAUAAAUGAAACAGCGAUCUCCUUCCUAACUUCCUAUAUUCCAGGAUAUUUCCUUUUUCUUUCUGCAGCUCAUAAUUUAAUAUAGGUUAGAUCACAAACAACUAUUGCUGUUUGCUCAUCAAACUCCUUUAAACUAUCUUGUCUUUGUGAAGUUUUACCAACAGUAAUGUGAACGAUAAAAGGUGAACAUCCCUUCAGUAUUGAUUGGCUAUCCUAUACAAUUCAUCCAUUAUUUUAACUAGUCAGUUAAUUAAUAACUUUCAAGAGUAACUCCCAUGAUAUACUCAUUAAUUUGUUGGACUGCAAUCAAACAAACUCAGCAUCAAGUCUAUCCUGGGUAUAGGAAAUUGAUUGGACUAAUCAUUCUCUCUUGGUUUGGCCAAGUUCAUUAGUUCAUUUUGACCUGGUGGAGAAAAUGUGAGAUAUAAAUCUAACAAACAAAAUAAAUGACAGUACAUUUUAAAGCAGGUGAUAGAACCUCAAUAGGGAAAUACUGUAAAAUGUGUUCUUAAAUGUGGAAUUCCACAUACCAUAUAAAAAUAUUGUAAACAUAAUACCCUCCAUUAUUUUAAAAUGUCCUUAUUUAAAUAGCUUACCAUGUCUCUUAUGUGAAUAAAAUAAAACUUUAACACCCCCACCCUCUCUAAAUUCAUUUAGUAUAUUCCUCACAAACUAACCCUGUUCUAAAAAACUAACUUCAACACGAAGGAAAGAUAAAGAAGAAAACAAAUUCAUUUGGUUGCUACUACUCACUUUGAUUUUUAAAUGAGGUAAAUAUAGAGCAAGAGGGAUAUGUUGUUAUUAAGUAAUUUUGAAGGGAGGGAGGGAGGGAGGGAGGGAGGGAGGGAGGAAGGAAGGAAGGAAGGAAGGAAGGAAGGAAGGAAGGAAGGAAGGAAGGAAGGAAGGGCAUCUGAAAUAUGUAAUACAAAUUACAGGGGGUUUUCCUCAUCCUAUCUGUGGGACCACCUCCUCCCAAAACUUGCACAACUAUAAAUGCAUUCACAAAGCAGGACACUAGAGAUUCAUAUCUUAUAAAAUGAAUUUGAAUUACAUGUACAUAAUCUAAUUUUCAGCCUUGAUAACACUAAGAAUAUGAAAAGAUUCUGUUAUCUUCUUGAAGAAACUGUUUCAUUAUUCAAAUAUUCCUACACUUGGAAAACUCUUCCAUAUACCUAAUUCUCAAAAUUACCCUUUUACCCUCAAAAUAGUUGUUUCUCCUUAUUUAAAAGAUUCCGAUAAUAUUUCUCCGGUGGUAACUUCCAGAACUUUCUUUAAAAACAGCAAUCUGAAUGUAUAGUGACAUGGACUGAUUGUGCUCAUACAUUAAUUUUAAAAGAAUUUUAAAAGAAACAAAAAAAAUCCAUCCUUUCAGUUUACAUAAAAAGAAUAAAGAAACGCACAAAUAUUUUGGAGGACUAUGUGGUGAUCCAAAAAAUUCUUUCCAGCAUCACUACAGGCCAUGAGACUAGAACUGCAUACAGUGAAUUUAGUACCCUGAAAUGUAAUACUUUGUUUAUUUUCCUCAUCCCAGUGGUACCACCACUCAUAAGAUGAGUAAAAAAAUUGGAUAUAGCAGCAAUAAAAUCUGAAAAUUCUUUUUUGUAAGCAUAUUUGCAGAAAAUGUUUGUUUUGCACGUUGUCGUCUAUAAACUUUCAGCGAGAGAGAAAAAAUCAUCUACUGUAGUUAUAUCUGUAUUGGUUUGUUAUUUUGGCAUUCUGUUAGGUCAUUUUUGAAAGAUGGAGCUGUUAAUAUGACUGAAGAUACUGCUAUUGGUUGAGGGGGAAUGUAUGCUUCUUUCUAAAAAGACAGAGAAGUUUUAUGUAAGUAAAAAUGGCAAUUCAAACAUGUUCAGCAGCAAAAGGAGUAAUUUAAGAAGUUAUUAUCUUGGAUAUAUUUAAAUUAUAUUGCCUCAUUGGACUCUUUGUUAUUCCAGAAGCAGAAAUCUGAAUGAUUGAUAAAGUUAGGUUGGUGUAAAGAACAGAUUUUAUCCUGAAGAUAAAAUUCAAAGAUUUUAUCUUAUUAAAACGGCUUAUUUUUUAAAAAAAGCACUUAUAUUUGUCUUUGAUUAAAUUCCUGACCUAAAGAAUCAAAGCAAAAUAGAUUAAUAUGCCAACUUCUAAGGCUCAAAUGCACUAUGAUUGUGUCUUUUCAAUGUAUUACUUCAAUGUCUGAAUCAGGCAAAACCUGUGUCAUAAGAUGUUCUACAAUCUUUUGAAGUUCCAUCAAGCAAACCAAGCAUUCCUCUUUUGGCGAUGGGAAUCUGCUCCUGCACUUAUUCUGGAAAGCCAUCAAAUGGCAUAGCAGAUAUAUUUCUCUUUAUCUCAGAGCACAACCUAUAAGUCUACAGGAGACAUAGAGAUACAAUGAUUGCACUUGUGGCCAUUAUAAAUAAAGCACAACUGAAAUAUAUUGAGCUUUCUGAACCCCAUUUAAAACACUGGGUAGGAAUGGUGCGAUGCUUUAGAAUAUCAUUUUUUUCCUAGGAAUGCUUUUUGCAUUAUUUUUCUGAGGCAUUCACAUUUGCCCUAAGCCAUCUCCUCUAUUGCACAGAAAAGGAAUACUUUACAAUAUUCUGCUAGCAGUGGAUUCUGCCAGGGCUAGUAAGGAUAGUAGGUUUGGGUUCCUUCUCCAGAAUUCAGAAUUCAUGCAAUUUUAAAAAGUUAGAUUUUUUUACUAUUUUGAUAGCCUUUGCAUCAGAUACCUGCCUAAAUCUGAAGGCUAUAUCCGUUUCUUAUUGAAAAGCUAUGCAUUCUUUCAAAGCAUACUAAUACAUAAGUUGAGAUGGUUAACAAAAGGAAAAUAAGUCCUAGCAUGAUUUUUCAGGCUGCUCAUAAUAUAAGUCCUACCCCCAAAAUAAGCCCCGGGUUAAGAUUGUCAGCCAGGUGGAUGCAUUUAGUACCGUAUUUUCCCCAAAAUAAGACCUAACCAAAAAAUAAGCUCUAAUGUGUCUUUUGGAGCAAAAAUGAAUAGAAGACUCGGUCUUAUUUGGCAAUCCUGAAGUGGUAUAACCCAUUUCCUCCGCCUCAUUCAGGCUAUGUAAUAUUAUUCGGGGACAAUUUCUUUUAUUGAUUUUGGCAGUGAUAUCAUGCCAUCCCUUCAUUCAAGUCAGGCUCUGCCUUUCGACAGUCAUAAAACAUGACAUGUCAUUACUGGAUUUUCUUUGAAAUGUGGCUGAACCAGGAGCUCUCAUCUUUUCUGGCACAUGAGAGUAUUCACAACAAAACCAUUGAUUUCCCCCAAAAAAUUCCAUGAUAGCUUUGCCAUUUCAGUUGGUUUUUUGUUUUUUUAAAAUUGAGCUUUUCCUUAAAAAAAAAAAAAAAAAAAACCUUUUUCCAGGUAUGGGCAUCACCCGAAAGGGAACUGUUGAAAAAAAUAAUGCAAAAAGCUAUUUUUGUGUGACUACCUUUAAAGAACUAACUUAUUCUGGCUGUACAUGAGAGGCAAUUUACAUACAUUAGGAAUUUAAAUAUCUGCAGAAACUCUGUGCUUAUCAUCCAACUUUUAAUAUCUGCCUCAUUUGUUCAACACUGAAAAAAAAAUCACACACAUAUACAACAAUAAAGCCUGAGUAUGUAUUGUAGAAAUGUAGAAGACAAAUACAAUAUUUUUUCAAAUGGAAUUACUUUUAAUAUAUACUGGCAGAAGAUCUAAUACUAUGUAUGCUGUCUCUGUAAUUUUUUUCCCUGUAAAUAAUCUUUGGGACAGUUAAAUACACUGUUGGGUUUUUUUUUCUAUGUCUGUGUUUAAGCAUAAGACUUUGUAAUGCUUUUUUAAGGAAAAAAAAUAACAUCAAAGAGCAAAUUAUGUACUUGCUUCCUAUGAGUGUAAUGUACUUCUCAGUUUUUUUAUGGAAACUGAUUGUAAUAGAUAAAGCCUUUGGAACAGUCUUGGUGUUUAGUGUCAUAUUCCUGUUUUAUAACAGGGAGGGUGGGAAGAGUUGUCAGUAAAUCCUAUUUCAAGUAAUGCAAAUUGGAAAAUACCUAAUGGAAUAGAAAAUCCCAUUUGCAAAAUAAUUGCUGACUUAUAUUUCUAGACAGUAUACUCUAUGGGCAAAUCCUUUGAGAAGUUUUCCUACAGAGAUCUAGCUGUCAGAAAAAGAGUUUGAACACUCAAUUCCUGGGCCGAUCCCGAUUCGGUUCAGUCAGAUUUGGACAGGAAAACCUUCUCACGGAUGACAGUUCCUGUCUUCCCACAAACCCUUCCAGUGUAAAUUAGCCGAAAUGAAGUUUUCUCUCAAAUGAACUAAAAUAUUUUUGUACAUUUUUUUUUCAUUUGUUAUUUCAGUCUGAGGUCAGAUCACUCUGUAGCUGAAAAAUGAAGCCAUAACUGACCUUCUCCAAAUAAUAUUUGAAGGAUUUUAAUGGGGAAAAAUACCUCUCGGGUCUGAACAGCUGUGAAAGAAAAGCAGAUGGGAACAAAAAUACAUAUGAUUUAGGCUGCCUUUGCCGGUUACCUAAAUUGACUUUUCAUGGGUAGCAUUUUAUGAUGACCAAUUUAUUUUAAAAAAAAAACUAUAUUUAGAUUAAAUAAAACUUUCUAAUAUUUUUUGGAAAAAAAAAAUAAAUCCCUUGAAAUGCUUCCUUGCUUUUAGAAUGAUGAGAUAAACUGAUUUUCAUAUACUUCCAAGUUUCAGAACUUUAAUAUUUUUUAUUCUAUUUCCAGUAACGUUUAUUAAAGCGAAGUGAGAUAUUAACAUCUCUGAUUGUGCUGUUGGAGCCAAAAAUUAUUUGGUGCUUGGAUGUAGCUAUCAUUGUUGUAGGUUUAAGUUAUCUCCCUGUAUGGAUAGUUCUCCAUUUUGAUCAAACAUUAAUUGCCACUGUUUGGGUUAAAAAAAAAACAACCCAUCAAAUUUGUGUUAUUGCCUAAAAAUUGGCACAGGAAAAAAAAUCUAGAGGAAUGCACUUCAUAAUCUCAAUAUUAAUUUUUCCCAUGAAAUUUAAUUGUAUAAUAUUGAUAAUACUUAUUGGCCUGUAGAUGCAGAAUAAACAGGUGACAUAAUAUUUGUUUGAUAUCUGCAGUUUCUUUCUGACCUCUCUCUCUCUUUCUCUUUCUCUCUCUCUCUCUCUCUGCUUUCUCCCUUGUUUAAUAUUUAUGUGAAUGUGAGUAAUAAAAAAAAAACAAGCAAACUACAGCCUGAUUUAUUUAGAAAGUGACCAUUUUUUUUCUUACAAAUGUUUUAGGACCAGCAUCCCCCACCCUCCCCCAUUGAAGUUUUUAAAAGAUUUUAUAUUUCUUUAGAAUGUAUUAGCUUUUUGUCUUAUUUUAUGUCCUGUAAGUUAUUAGUUCAAUACUGUUAGCAUUCCAUAAUAAUGCACUCAUGAUUUUUGAAUGUUUUCUGUAAAUGACAAUCAAUGUUAAUGAAGUUUCUUUCUUUAAUGCUGAACAAAAUUAA